AUCAACGUGACGUGAAGUGGUCGUUUUUAAGGAUAUUUCUACAUACAUUCUUGAAUACGUUGAUAUUUUCAUCUCCAUCAUUACAUCUCAUCAUCACCAUCACCGACCUCAUCCUCAUCCCUGUGUUUGUGAACGCGCACGUCGCGUUGGUGGGGGUUGGUGGAAGUGGGCGGAGUCGUGGCACUGCUGCAGCUGUCCAUGGUUGUGUAGAAACCACAGAGGCUUCGUGUAUCUAAGAGAUGCGUUCCUAGUCACGCAACCCAUCUUCAAAAUCACAGCGUGACGGGAUCGUUCGUUUCACGGCACAAAGAAGCGACUGAAAGCCCGUGAAGAUAAGGCACAAUGGCUGAUCAACAGAGGCAACGCAGUCUGUCCACCGCUGGUGAGUCCCUCUACGUGGUGUUGGGAGUGGAGAAGGUAGCCACGACAGAUGACAUCAAGAGGUCUUACAGGAAGCUGGCGUUGAAGUUUCAUCCAGACAAAAAUCCCGACAAUCCAGAAGCAGUAGACAAGUUCAAGGAGAUAAACAACGCCCACGCCAUCCUGAACGACCCCACCAAGCGUAACAUCUACGACAGAUACGGCUCUCUGGGACUGUACGUGGCCGAGCAGUUUGGUGAAGAGAACGUCAACACUUACUUUGUUCUUUCAAGCUGGUGGGCAAAGGCUCUCUUUGUGUUCUGCGGCCUGGCCACCGGCUGCUACUUCUGUUGCUGCCUGUGCUGCUGCUGUAACUGCUGCUGUGGAAAGUGUAAACCUCGACCUCGGGAGGCACAGGACCAGGACUUUUAUGUGUCCCCUGAAGACCUGGAGGCUCAGCUGCAGUCUGACGAGAGAGAGGCCGGGGGCGACCCUAUAGUGCUGCAACCAUCUGCAACAGAGACAACCCAGUUAACGUCGGACGGCCACUACUCCUACCACACCGACACCAGCUUCAACUAAUCACGUCCUCCUGGUCCGCCCCGGCCCGCUGUCCUGCCUGCGUCACCCGCUCCACUACAGUGAGAUGAAAGAAACAGGCCAGUCCAUCCUUCCACUUUAAACAGGGAGCCGUGUCCAGUAGAGGGACUAGUGA